CGGCGCGAGGCCGGGGACGGGCACAGCGCGCGCCCAGCGCACCAGCCCAGCCGCGCCCGACCCGGCCCGGCCCCACCGCCGGCGCUGCGGUGCGGGCGGCACAGCCACAGCGCCCGCCCGGCCCCGUCCGCGGGCUCCGCCUCGCCGCGCGGCGCACGGAGGAGCUCGGCGCGGCUCGUAGCAGGGGCAAGGUGCGGCGGUGGGAGGGGGCGGCGGCGGAGCGGCUUUGUUGGCUCUGAGGGGAGCGGCGCCUCGGCGAGAGCCCACCAUGGUGCAGCAGGCGGAGAGUACGGAGGCGGAGAGCAACCUGCCCCGGGAAGCGAUGGACACCGAAGAGGGCGAGUUCAUGGCUUGCAGCCCCGUCGCUUUAGACGAGAGCGACCCGGACUGGUGCAAAACGGCGUCGGGGCACAUAAAGAGACCGAUGAACGCGUUCAUGGUGUGGUCCAAGAUCGAGCGGAGAAAAAUCAUGGAGCAGUCCCCGGACAUGCACAACGCGGAGAUCUCCAAGCGCCUGGGCAAGCGGUGGAAAAUGCUGAAGGACAGCGAGAAGAUCCCUUUCAUCCGGGAGGCUGAGAGGCUGCGGCUCAAGCACAUGGCUGAUUACCCCGACUACAAGUACCGUCCCAGGAAAAAGCCCAAAAUGGACCCGUCGGCCAAGCCCAACGCCAGCCAAAGUCCCGAGAAAAACGCGCCCGCCAGCAGCGGCGGCAGCAAGAGCGCCAAGAGCUCCAGCAAGAAGUGCAGCAAGCUGAAAGCCUCCUCCGGCUCCUCGCCCCCCAAGCCGGGAGCCAAAACCGCCCACCACGGGGACUACGCGGGAGACGAGUACGUCUUCGGCACUCUGAAAGUGAGCAGCAAGACGGUCAAGUGCGUCUUCAUGGACGAGGAGGAGGAUGAGGAGGAGGACGAGGACGAGCUGCAGCUGCGGAUCAAGCAGGAGGCGGAGGAGGAGGAUGAGGACGAGGAGCCGGGGCCGCAGCAGCUGCGGCGGUACAACGUGGCCAAAGUGCCGGCCAGCCCCACCUUGAGCUCCUCGGCGGAGUCCACCGAGGGGGCCAGCCUGUACGAGGAGGUGCGGGGCGGCGCCGCGGCGGCGGGCGGCGGCAGCAGACUCUACUACAGCUUCAAGAACAUCACCAAGCAGGGCCCGCCGCCGCCGCAGCAGCCGCCCGGCCUCUCCCCGGCCUCCUCCCGGUCCAUCUCCACCUCGUCGGCCGGUAGCGAGGAGGCGGACGACCUGCUCUUCGACCUCAGCCUCAACUUCUCCCAGCACGGCCACGCCGCCGCCGAGCUGGGGGCGGGCGCCGCCGCCGGCAACCUCUCCCUCUCGCUGGUGGACAAGGACCUGGACUCCUUCAGCGAGGGCAGCCUCGGCUCCCACUUCGAAUUCCCCGACUACUGUACCCCGGAGCUGAGCGAGAUGAUCGCGGGCGACUGGCUGGAAGCGAACUUCUCCGACCUGGUGUUCACGUACUGAGCGGGGGCGGCGGCCAGGGCGGGCGGCGAGAGCGGCGGAGCUGGAGCUGCGCGACGCCGGCGAUGAUGAUGAUGAUCAUGAUAAUGAUUAAAAAAAUAAGUCUUGUUUUCUUUAAAAAAAAAAAAAAAAUCUCGAAGUUAGUUCCGAGCCCGGGAGUUGUGAUUUUAUUUUAUUUUUUUUUUGUGUUUUUUUAUUUUUAUUACGUUUGGUGAUCACAACAACAACAGCAAAGGCAAAUGGGACUGGGGGAAAAAUGAUACAGAAGGCGCUGUUUGAAGCUUGUCGGUCUCUGAUUGAAGUCUGGAAGAUGGUCUGCAAAGAAGUCUUUUGGCAGCACAACUGUUACUCAAGGGGGUUUGUGGAUUUUUUAUUUUUUUUUUCCCGUGAGAGAUCUUAACGAACUGUUAUGAUUUUUUUUAUUUUUAUUUUUUUCCGAAAGGGACCAUUGCAACUUUUUUUGGAGGGAGAAAACUGAUGUCUUCUAUGCAUCCGAUUCUUAACAAAGCUGCAGGGAGCUUGAAAAAAUGCAGACUGUACAAACGCUUACAAAUAACUGAACUGACUUAAGAUCAGAGUUUACUUUUCAGAUCAAAUUGUUUAUGGUUUUACAAAUGUGAUUUCUACUUGCCAACUUUUUUUUUUUUUGUAACUUGUUCCCUUAUACCUCCUUGAUUGAAUACCAGACAGCCUAGACCUCAGUACAAAAAGGUAUUGAAACAUUUUUGAUACAUAACAGACCUCAGUCUUUUUUAAAAAUUAAUAUAUUUUCAGGCGUAUUUUUGUACAGUGAAAAGGGAACAUUCUUGCUGUGUUUUUUCAGUAAGACUUUUCAGGCACUUCUUCCCUUUUAUUUUCUUUGUUUUUCUCUGUUUUUAGCAUGCAAGUUUGUUGGUACGUUACGUCCUGGUUUUAAAAGGAUUAAAAUUUUAAAAAAUAAUCCUUGCAUCUAAAGGCCUUGUGGUUUAAAAAAAAGAAAAGAAACAAACACUUUUUUUGUACAGCUAUAGUUCAGAUUUGUUCAAUAUUUGUAGGUAAAGAUUUAUUGAAAAUGGUGAUAUAGACCUCAGAGCUGUUAUCUUAGUUUAAAAGAUUGUAUAUGUACUGUACUAUAGUAGGAUUUUAUGUAUCUCAUACGCUGUGAUAUGUGGAUGGGGCCCCAGAUGGAAGGUAUGAAACUGGAUUCUCGAUUUUAGCAAAAAAAAAAAAAAGAAAAAAGGCACAUAGUUUAAAAAGUUUCUCAUGUUGUGCAAUAUAAUCUAAAGUACAGACCAUCUGCAUAUUUUGUAGCAAAUGAUGGCAAAAGCAGACUUGUGCACUGUCAACAUCAUAGCCUGUUUUUUUUUUUUUUUAAAUGCUGAAAGUCUGUAUCUUUACAAUUUUAAUAAAUCAGCUGGAACUGA